CUCACUUCGUAGUUCGUACAUACUGGUGGUAAACCUUCUAGUACAUCAAUGCAAACUUGCAUAGCAUAUGCUUCGUAUAUACAAAGCUGAAAAUCAAAAUUUGACACAAAUACGAGAAAACGAACACUAUAUUUGAGCCAUCAUAUAUUUCAGGCUAAACUUAACAAAUAUAGUGUCAUUGGUGUUUCUGAGUUGUAACCCAUUCUUCCCAAGGAUACACAAAAUUAUUGCAUAGUAGUUGUAGCUGAUAAAAAUCUAUUGUUUAAUAUACUUGUAGCUUACAAAUAUAAGUCACCAUAUACCAUUGGUAACUUAAAUAUAUAAGUACUCUAUACAAUCUACCAUGUUGCAACUCUUCGUCAUCAUCAUUAUCAUUGUGAAAGUAGAAUCAUCUUCUAUCUCAAGUACAAAAUCUUCAAAUCCUGAUCCAACUAUAAAUGACUUCUUCAUAUGUUACAUAUUCCGGCCAUCUCAUGACUCAAACUCUUAUUCGACAUCUGUUGACAAGCCUCCAUGUGUCUGAAGCAAGUAAUAAAACAAUAUUAGAAACAACAACAUAGGUACAACCUAAUAUUAUUCUGAUCACUAGACCUUUCCUAUAGAGAGACCUUCAAAAUCCCAAAUGUAUACUAUUAAAGAAUCUAGCAAUUCAAAAGACUUCAUACUAAUAUUUACCUUUCUCCGUAGAUCAGGUAAUGUUAGCGUACUAUUUUCGUUUGACUUAUGUACAAAGGACAUACAAAUUACGGAGUAGUUGUUACCAUGUUUGAAGCUUAGUUUAUUUUCAAAAUAAACAAGAUUAAUUUAACUUAGUGGUUCAAUUAGGCCCUAGACUUCUAAUUGAGCAUGUGAAGUAGAGCAUGCAAAAUCAUAACAAUCAUCUGAGCGUGAAUCCUAAAAUCAUACCCUUCGAUAGUCGCCCUUCUCCCUAAGUUAUGAUAUGAAGCACUAAAUGGUUAAGUUUCAAAAUUGGAACACAUAAUACAUAACCAGUAAAAGUUAAAAGUUAGAAAUGCCUAAUACUUCUAACUAAGAUUAAUUAGAUCUUAAAGUCAUGUUUUAAUUUUAUAAGAUUAAAUCUUUAAGAAACAAUCUUCAUUCAUGACUAAAGUUUCAAGAUUUAUAAUUGUGUACCUUUAGUCAUACUCCCUCCGUUCUUUUUUAAUCGCAAUACUUUCCUUCUUGGGUAGUUUCAAAAUAAUUGCAACAUUACCUUUUUUAGUCAUAAGAAAUAACAAUAAUGACUAUACUACCCUUAAAACCAACAAAUAAUACUCCGUACUAAUCCAUCUGCUCCACAAAUUUCUUUUGCAUUAUCUUUUCACCACCUGCCCAUCCCUUCUUCCCCAUCCCGAUUUCUUUCAUCUCCGAUUCUUACUAUUUCUUCAUCCAUUCCUCCAUUGUUUUUAUCCAAAAAUUCACCCUAUUUAGGCAUUUACGUAGCACAUAAAAUCCAACAAAAUCAAUUAUGAAUGAAACCUAGGCCACGAUUACCAUCUUCCUAGUCAUAUCCUUCGGCUGUUAGAGCUCAACCUCGGAGGUCCGCCAUUAAUGGCGCCUGAAAGCUUUUCUCGCGAUCCAAACGGCAGCAACAGCCUAAAGAGUCUUAAGCAACGAAGGUAGCAGCAGAACAGAGUGGACCUCCGCUUUCUCCGGCACACCGGCUGCCCAACCGCGCCGACAACCGAGGCCAACUCCAUCUAGCCGGACGCUUCAUUGGUUACGCAUUAUCCUUACCGCUCUAUACACAUAACAUUCAUACGUAAUCUCAUGCAUAACCUACAAGUUGUAAGCAACUAGAUGUCGGUCCUCACCUCAAAUGAGCUUUAAAACCUUCCUUCUCGCUCCAACGACCAAAGCCUCGGCCAAGAAGGUUUUAGAACUGAUUCCUUGCUUGGAAUUGAGUGUUAAACAGCCCCCUCAAAGUGCUAGUUCAACUCCUAACUGAAGACGCAAAAACAGUCCCUAGAACGGGUGUUUCCCGACGAAUUCGUUCCCUAACCUUUCAAGGUUUUGUCUAGACAAUAGAGAGGAAGAUUUUGGAUUCAAACUUACUUUGAAUACAAAAACGUAUUCUGCGAGGUUGUGUUUUGCUCGGACGAUUUGGAAGCCUUCCACUACUCCGAUUGAUGCAAACCAGACAUCCACGGAUUCCUCGUCUUGAGAGCUUUCUUUUGGUAUCUUAUACGCCUUAAUUGGACGAGUGAAUCUCGAGUUAUGGCUCAAACAAUCAGAGCUACGCACUGAAGAACGAACCUGCGGACAGCUUGCUCUCUCUUUGGCUUAUCUUGGUUAUGUGGCUCUCUCCUUCUCUCUUAUCUUGGGUAUUUCGAAUGGGGUGUAGGGGGGAGUGUAAAGGAUGCCUUAAACAUGCUAAGAGAGCAUGUGGCUCACAAAAGAGCAUGGGAGACAUUGGUUUGCAAUCAAAUGUGAGGUACUCAAGUCAUGUGGAGUGGUUCCCAAUUGAUCCCAAUCAUUUUGGGGUCCAAAAUAUAUAUCAAUACUUCCAAAAAUGGGAAGAUGGGUCCUAUAGUUUCAUCUUUUGUCAAAGAUGUCUUUUUGUACUCAUCCUAAUUUAUUUAGAACAAGUCAACUUCCUCCAUCACAUUAUUGAUCUCCAAUAUGUGUAGGUUCAUCACAAUAAUUUACUUGAUGGAUAUCAUAGCAGGAAAAUCCUACUCCCAUUAUUUAGCUCAAUAAUGC